UUUAAGCCACAAAGAAAUGGACGGCACGAAAUUCAGGUGAAUAUUGGAGGAGAAAGGAUCAAGAACUCGCCUCAGAAUGUAGAGAUACUCGAUGUGAAGGAGUUGUUCAAACCUGUGAAAACCUUUGGAGCAGGAGGAAGUGGUAKAGGACAGAUUAAUGUUCCAUGGUCGAUAGCAGUCAGUGAUAAUGGAGAGAUAGCCAUUGCUKAUUGUGGUAAUCACCUAAUUCAAAUAUUCAAUCUUGAUGGAAACUAUUUAAGAGAGUUUGGCAGGGAAGGAACAGGACAAGGUCAAUUGUAUUAYCCAUAUGGAGUGGUGUUUAACGAAGACAAAAUAAUUGUCAGUGAUGGUACACAUGGUAAAGGCAGGAUACAAGAGUUUGACUUGAACAGUACUUCUGUAAGAACCAUCUACAGACAUGACCAAUGGUUUGCACCGCGUGGAAUGUGUGUUAACGAUGAUAAAAAMAUCUCAGUGUGCUGUUGUGGAAAACAAGAACUGGGUAUCAAACCWAGUAUCAAGGUGUUCAGUAAACAAGGAGAUUUAGUUCAUGAGUUUGAUAUGCCUGACAAUAAUGAACAGCCUUGGUACAUCACCUAUGGUAACGGGAAAUACUUUGUAUCUUAUUGGAACAUAAACUAUGUUCGUGUUUUUGAUGUGAAUGGAGUUUUCUUGUACAAGUUUGGAGAANAGUAUCAAGGUGUUCAGUAA